CACAUUCAUGCUGGCAGUUUUCUGACAGCACAUCGGUCGCAGCGAAAACAACAACACUGUCGUCAACACAGGACCGUUCCAUCCGCGGAUUGAAUAAACCAUCACAUAUUUUACGAACUCGGUAAAAGAUGGCACAGAUUAUGAGGCAGCUAGGUUUAGCAACGAAAGGAUCACAUUCGUGUUUGAUUGCUCGCAACAUGAGUGUGAUGGCGAAGGUGUUGCGCUACGGUGAGUUUGGUGAACCGGCCAAGGUACUACAACUCCAAGAGGAAUCAGUGCCGGAUCCCAAACAGGGUGAGGUCCUGAUAAAGACGCUCGGGGCACCAAUCAAUCCAGCCGAUAUCAACACCAUUCAGGGAAAGUAUCCAGUCAAACCGACAUUUCCCGCCGUCGGUGGAAACGAGUGCGUUGGAGAGGUAGUGGCUAUUGGACCGAAUGCCGGUAACAGUCUAAAAGUUGGCGAUCGAGUGGUACCGUUCGCUACCGGCCUCGGAACGUGGCGUUCCCAUGCAAUCUACAGCGCUAAUCAGCUGAUGAAAGUUCCGGCAAAUAUCGGCGUGGCGGAAGCAGCCACUAUCACCGUAAAUCCGUGCACCGGUUACCGGAUGCUAAAAGAUUUCGUCACAUUGAAACCGGGAGAUACCGUAAUACAGAAUGGGGCAAAUUCAGCAUGCGGUCAAGCUAUUAUUCAACUCUGCAGAGCGUGGAACGUGGAAUGUGUGGGCAUCGUGCGCGAUCGGCCCGAGUUCGGACAGCUGAAAGAUUACCUGAAAGGAUUGGGAGCAGCAGAAAUACUUACCGAGGAGGAGCUGCGCACAACGAAGCUAUUCAAGGAUGGCAUUUUUCGAAAGCCGAAGCUGGCGCUGAACUGCGUCGGGGGAAAGAACGCACUGGAACUGUCCCGGCAGUUGGACCAGGCCGGUGUGAUGGUCACGUACGGUGGUAUGUCACGGGAGCCGGUCACUGUGCCUACGGCAUCACUCAUUUUUAAGGAUCUGCGCUUCGUUGGGUUCUGGAUGACGCGCUGGACAAAGGAAAAUGCCGGCAGUCCGCUGCGGAGUGAAAUGUUCAACGAGCUGUUCGGUCUCAUAGACCGUGGUGCGUUGAAAGCACCUGCCCAUGAGAUGAUUUCAUUCGAGGACUACACUGCGGCGGUAACGAACGCGCUCAACAUUCAGGGUUUUGUUGGCAAGAAGUACAUUUUUCGGUUUUAAGUUCUGAAAACGCGUAAGAAACUGUAACACUGCACAACACGUGUAACUACGAUCGUUAGAAGGCAAACUAGAACUGAUUGGUCGAUGUUGGUAGAAAGCUGCUAUUCAUUCAUUUCCCUUGGUGUAAUUAGAGGGUAAUUUACGUAAACUGCAAAGUAAGUGUGGUUCUGACAGACCGAAAUACGAUACAGCAUGGAAAACAUAAUACAGCAUGCAAGUGAUGUGAUGAGGAUUUUGCGAAAACAAAUAGAUUGUUUAGUUCACUUUUAAGUUGGCAGAUCUAAUAUUAAAGAAAUAUUUUAAUUUGAUUCCUGUUUUUGUUAAAGCGUUUUGUUUUAAAAAAUCGCCAUUUUUAGUAAUGUUAGAUAUUGAAUAAAAAUCUUCUGCAA